UUUUGCGUUUUUCACGAUUGCCUCUUGCGCCCACCCCUGAUCGAGAUUUAACUGUAUUGAAUUUUUUUGUUUAUAUUAAGUUCAUUAUAUUAAUCAUCUUCCAUUCUAGUUUUUCUUCUACGAUUGAGAUACUGCAAUAAGCUAUUUAUUCUCAAGAUAUAGAAAAAAAUUUCACAACUCGAGACUCGUUUCCCCUUACCCUGAAAAGACACCCCUUCCAUUUUCUCCCUAAAAUUAUUUUAAUAAAAAUAAGGUUAUAAUCAAUUUAUUCAAAAAAAUGUAAAUAUAAUUUUCCACGUUUAACUUUAAAAUUGUUUAAAUUCCUUUACAUUCCAUUAUUUUUUCAUUUUUUUCUAGUCCCAACAAAAUCAACAGAAUUUAUUAACAACACCAAUUUAAAUACAAAUUCCUCCUCUCGCCUAUCUAAUACAUUCAAGCUUUUUUCCCUUUCACGUUUUUGUAAAUGUCCAUCACCCCAAAGACAAAAAUUUUAUUCAAAACAACAAUUUGCUUCCUCUACUAGUGAAAUACACAAAAUUGGAAUUUGUGGGAAAAAUAAUUUUGAAAAUUUUGACAAACCAUUUUUCACUGGAAAACCCCAAAAAAGUCAAAGUUUAUUCGAUUUGACUAGCAACAAACAAAUUGAACAAGAAGAACUUCCUAAAGAAUCUGUUAGAACUAUAAGGGCAGAAAUGGGAGCGAUUGAAGCUGAGGCGUGUGGAAUGCUGGGAAGGCUUCAGUUUCAUGUUCAGGGUGAGUCAAUAAUCGGCUUUGCACGCAUCUGUACUGGAGACGUUUUUGAAGUUUGCAUUCGUCAUGGCCACCAACGUUGGCGAACUCGCGGAAAAACGCAGCCAGACAGAUCACAACGUUGGGACCUACAACCCCCAAUAGCCUCCAUACAAGUUUUGUGGAAUGUGCCUGUACAGGUUCGGGUACUCGAGAUUGGCUUCCUUCGAGCUCGCUGUCUCAGUGAACGGCAAUUUGACCCUGCUAAGUUUGCGGCAGCACAGCCCCAAUUGGUCACGAUGAAUUUAAAUAGUUCUGGAAGUUUAAAAUUGAGAUUGGUUGUGACCUGGUUGCCUCUACUCUCUUCUAAUAUGCCUACACAAUUUAAUAAUAUGUUAAAUCAAAAACAACUUCAAGUUAAAGAAAAUGGAUUUAAUAACAACAAUAAUCAUGCUUCCUUAUCACAACAAAAUUCGUUGGCACAAAGGCCAGAGCCUCCAGAACGUUCUGGAAUCAACAGUAAACUUCGCCAACAUCAAUCCCAAGUUCUCCUACCAUCCGUAAACAAUAAUAAUCAAAAAACACAACAAAAUGGUGUUAGUAUUUGGAGAACUACAAGUAGUAAUUCUCCUUCAGCUUUUCCCUCUCAAGCUGGAAAUAAUAAUAAAACAGUAUGGCAAAACAACAAUAAUAAUAACAAUAAUAAUCAGGCUAAUACAACAAAUAAUAACGAACAAAUUAAUGGAGGAAAGUCAAAUGGUAAAAUAUUUAACAGUUUUUCAAUAGACACAUUAUUAAAAAAUGAAAUUACAAACUUAAAUUUGGAUACCGUAUAUGCUCGAAUAAUUACCCUGGGUAAUUAUUGUUUCGACCUCUCGCUGGAGGGGUAA